GGGCCGGGGCUGGGUGUUUUUCCUCAGCAGCAGCAUCCUUUAAUAUCCUGUGACAUCGCGUCUUCUGAUCGGAGAGAUGCUCGGGGCGGAGGAGACGCUGACGGGGAUGAUGAGAGCGGCUCACAUGAGGUGUGUCUGACCGAGAGCUGCUGCACCUGUACGGAGAAGGAACAUUGUGUGGACCCCGCCCGAGAAAAUGUCUUUUUGACGUGGUGAGGAGACUUUUUUUUAAAUAUCUGACUAGAAAAUGUCAAAAAGCAAACACUGCGAGGCGGUGAGGGUGGUGGUCCGCUGCCGGCCAUUGAGCAGGAGAGAGGAGAAGACGGGCUGUGAAAACAUUUUGCAGAUUGAUGACAGACUGGGGCAGAUCACCAUCAGGAAACCGAAGGCACCACCUGAUGAGCCCAUGAAAGUGUUCACGUUUGACUCUGUGUAUGGCUGGGCUUCAAAACAAAUCGACAUCUAUGAGGAUGCUGUGAGACCUCUGGUGGAGUCUGUGCUCCAGGGCUUCAACGGGACUAUAUUCGCCUAUGGACAAACCGGGACAGGUAAAACACACACCAUGCAGGGGAUUUCAAACGACCCAGAGAUCAGAGGGGUUAUACCAAAUUCAUUCCAGCACAUUUUCACACAAAUAUCCAGAACUCAGAACCAGAAAUACCUGGUGAGGUCAUCAUACCUCGAGAUCUACCAGGAGGAAAUCAGAGAUCUGCUGUGCAAAGAUAACAGCAAGAAACUGGAGCUGAAAGAAAAUCCAGACUUUGGUGUUUAUGUGAGGGACUUGUCUUCUGUGGUCACAAAGAACGCCACUGAGAUCGAACAUGUGAUGAACAUAGGCAACCAGUCCAGGUCUGUGGCGUUCACUAACAUGAAUGAACGCAGCUCUCGCUCUCAUGCCAUUUUUGUCAUAACCGUGGAGUGUAGUGAAGUAGGGCCAGAUGGCGAGGACCACAUCCGGGUUGGGAAGCUGAACAUGGUUGACUUGGCUGGCAGCGAGCGCCAGAGCAAGACGGGUGUGAAGGGGCAGCAGCUAAAGGAAGCAGCCAAAAUCAACCUGUCCCUGUCAGCGCUGGGAAAUGUUAUUUCAGCUUUGGUGGAUGGGAAGAGCACCCACAUCCCUUACAGGGACUCCAAACUGACCCGCCUGCUCCAGGACUCGCUGGGUGGCAACGCAAAGACAGUCAUGCUCGCAACAGUGGGGCCUUCGCACAAGAACUUUGAUGAAUCCCUGGCCACGCUGAGGUACGCCAGCAGGGCCAAGAACAUAAAGAACAAACCUCGGAUUAACGAGGAUCCCAAAGACGCCCUGCUGAGGGAGUUUCAGGAGGAGAUUGCACGCUUAAAAGCCCAGCUAGAGGAGCGAGGGAUGCUCGCAAAGGAGAGGAGGAGGAGAAGGAAUAGCAAAAGACUGAGUAAGAGUAUGGUGGGUGUGGAGGAGGAGAUGCUCAGAGAGAAGGAUGGAGAUGUUUGGAAGGCUUUCGAGGAGGAACCAGAGGUGAAAUCAUAUCAUGUGAAAGAUGGAAGUGCCAUCCCCAGGCCUCUGACCUGCCAGCGGAGCGGUGAGAAGUUAAAGCACCUGAUUGAAAACAGAAAAAGCUUAGUGGACAUGCAGUGGGAUCAAGAUGCUCUGGAGAAGAUCAUUGAGAAAUAUAAGGCUAUGGAGAGCAAACUGUUAGAGGGAGGAAAGACUAUAAUUGAUCACACUAAUGAACAGCAAAAAAUGCUGGAGCUGAAGAGGCAAGAAAUUGCAGAACAGAUAAGAAGAGAGCGAGAGAUUCAGCAGCAGAUGAUGUUGCAGGACGAGGAGACGUUAGAGAUGAGGGAGACGUUCUCCUCCCUGCAGCAGGAGGUGGAACACAAGACGAAAAAGCUGAAAAGGCUGUAUGCCAAACUGCAGCUGGUCAGGGCAGAGACGAGGGAUGUUUUUGAGGAACAUGUCGUAACCAGACAGGAGCUCGAACAGACACAGACUGAACUCACCAGAGAACUCAAGUACAAAUAUCUCUUGAUUGAGAACUUUAUACCUCCAGAGGAAAAGAACAAGAUAAUGAACCGGCUGCACUUCGACAGUGAGGAGGAUCAGUGGAGACUCCAGCCGGUCAUUCCAUCAGAGAGUGCACCCACUCAGGUCAAGAGAAGGCCUCUCUCUGCUGUGGGAUACAAGAGGCCAAUCAGCCAAUAUGCACAUAUGGCUGUUUCCACGGCAACCGGGGCCCCAUCGAGAUACCAGGCUGAGAAUUUAAUGCUGUUGGAGUUAGACAUGUCUCCACCGACCAUGUUCGCCUUGAACCUCCAUGGGGCUCACCUGGAGAGAGCCUUCUCUCCCAGGCUGCUGCCAGAUCUUCUGGCAACCGUUCCCAUUAGAGAGAGGGGUGCUGCGUCAUCGCGGGUCAGAAAAUCCCAAUCCUGGUAUCAGGCACCACAAGCAGCACCCAUCCCAUCAUCCUCAUCAUCUGCCACUCUGACAUCAGGAGCUGAGAGCUCCUCUCCCUCUCAGAGACGAAGACCCUCCUCAGCUACCUAUCUUCCUCUGGGAGGUCCAAUUCAGACAAGCCCCUGAUGUGUGUCAACACAACUGUACACAACGCUGGCCUUAGUUCAAGGUGGCACAAAGGACUUCAGAAUGGCAUCUGGGAGAGAUGGCUGGGGAAACCUUUUACUUUGAUUUUAAAUUGAUUUCUCACUCUUCUUUUUUUUUUGAAGAAUCACUUUAGUACGAAUUUUUUCAAUUUAAAUGGAAACUUGGGUGGUUUUCAAUAGGACAUUUUUUUCCCAUGUUUUUGUGACUCAUGGGGACUACACUUUUUUAAAAAUUGGUUCAGUAUUGAGUGCAGCAUUCGGCACCCACGAAACAGGCUGCAAUGUAAUUUUUCAUUGCAAUUACACACUGUCAAUCUAUGUCCACAAUAAGUGCUUGUUUUUGCCCCUGACAAGCUCAGAUUGUUAUUACAAGUGGUUACCUUUACCUUACACUUGAUCUGGUCUGUUUGUUGUUGUGACUAGCCAAGUCUCGCUAAGGAAGGAGGUAUCUUUCUAAAAUUUUAUGUGGCCUCUUCCACACUUUCAAAGUCAGCUAAACGUUCAACCAUGAACAUAACACUAAGCUAAGCUUUUUUUGUCCUUCAACACAAUAAACACCUCCCUUCACUCCUCACUCUCACUCCCUCUCACUCCUCGUCACUUUCUUGGUCUUACAGUAACAAGUCAUCUCUCGAGAUUUCGAAACAGGACUUCUUCUUAAGGAAAAUUUGGUUAGACACAAAACACCGGAUCAACAAGCACUUAAAGUUAAUGUAAAUUGCAAGUUUUUGCAGUACCCUGCUGCAGCGCUCUCACUUAAUACUGGACAAAUUUUAAAAAUUGUUGUCCCUAUUAGUUACUCAGAUACGAAACAUGGGAAAAAAGGGUCCAGGUAGAAAAAUACCAAAGUUUCCCUUUAAACAGGAAAACAAACAACAUUUUUGACAACAGUUUCCUAAAACCAUGUCGUUUCUCUUGGCUUACCCCAGUCUCAAUGAAUAGCACAGCCAAAACAUAAUCAUUAGAAACCAGACAUAAACAUAAAGUAAUUGUUUGGAAUAUCUUAACAGUUCUUAUUUUUGGUUUAAUGCAAUUUUAAUUUCCUUUUCCUUUUUUAUGGAAAUGUAUCUGGUCUUUGCCAAAAAAAGUGGAGGGUGGUGGGGAAACCACUGGGGGGCCACCCUGGUUUAGCCUGUAUGCUUGAUGAAUUGUUGCUUCAAUUUAUAGCUAAUGUAAUUGUGAGCCAAACAUGUGAGGAAAGCUUGCAAUGCUCUCUUGAUUAGCUGCCUUAUUUUUCAUAGUUGUGAAAUUGUGCAAAGUUAAUUUGCUUACAUAUGAAAAUAAAAACUGAUGAAUGAUGUUGAACUGCAAA